GAGGCCCUAUAAAUAACGAAAGUCUUUCUUUUUCAGAUAUUAUCUUAUCUUCGUUAAUAAUAUCGACGCGUUUAAUUGAUUUUUCUCUCGCAAAAGAAGAAAACAUGGAAUCGUUCUCGUCCUUCUUCGAUUCUCAGCCAGGCAGCAGAAGCUGGAGCUAUGAUUCUCUCAAGAACCUCCAUCAGAUCUCUCCGUCCGUCCAGAAUCAUCUCAAGCGGGUUUAUCUCACUUUGUGUUGUGCCCUUGUUGCGUCUGCCUUUGGAGCUUACCUCCACGUGCUCUGGAACAUCGGUGGUAUCCUCACAACCAUUGCAUGCUGUGGAAGCAUGAUUUGGCUUCUCUCAUGUCCUCCUUAUCAGCAACAAAAGAGGCUCUCACUUCUCUUCCUGUCUGCCGUUCUUGAAGGUGCCUCUGUUGGCCCCUUGAUCAAAGUGGCUGUUGAUUUUGACCCAAGCAUCCUUAUCACUGCGUUUGUCGGAACUGCGAUAGCGUUUAUCUGCUUCUCAGGAGCAGCGAUGCUGGCAAGACGUAGAGAGUAUCUCUACCUCGGAGGACUUCUCUCUUCUGGCUUGUCCAUGCUUAUGUGGCUUCAGUUUGCCUCUUCGAUCUUUGGUGGCUCUGCCUCUAUCUUUAAGUUUGAGCUCUACUUCGGAUUGUUGAUCUUUGUGGGAUACAUGGUGGUCGACACACAAGAGAUUAUAGAGAAGGCACACCUCGGCGACAUGGACUAUGUGAAACAUGCGUUGACCCUUUUCACCGAUUUUGUGGCUGUGUUUGUCCGUGUUCUCAUCAUAAUGCUGAAGAACUCGGCAGAUAAAGAGGAGAAGAAGAAGAAGAGGAGAAACUGAGACUAAAAGUGACAAGGAAAGCUAAUAAGAGUGGGUGUUUUAAAUAACAUGAAAGCUUUGGUGUUUUUACGUGUUAGGACGCACUUUUGGUUUGCGUAUUCCUCUUAUCGCACACGAUUGUAAAUGGAUCAAGUAGUUUUCGUUUUUGUCUCGACUCUCGUUCACUUUCGUAAUGUCCAAAGUAUUUCCUCUACUGUUUAAAUCACUUUGAGAUGCGAAUUAGCAGGUUAACAAUAAAGUAUUAGGACCAUUUUCUUGAGA